AAACGAAAAGGAUUUGUCCUAACUACCCUUCCGUAGUUUUUCCGAGCAAGUUGAUUAUUCGUAGGGUUGAAUCGACGUACAAAUUAUUGUAAUAAAAUGUGAUUAUGUAUAAAUCGAUGGAUAUUUUCAAGUAAAAUUAUAAUGUUCGCGAGUCGAGACGAGUUAUUCACCUUCAUCGAGUUGUGUUCAUUCGUCAAACAAUAUCUUAUUCUAAUACAUCUAAGCAAAGAUUAAAAUGCAACCACCACCCAGAAAAGGAAGUUCGGUGAAAUUUUUGAAAACUCUGCAUACCGAACAAAUCGCCAAACUUCAAGUUAAAAAUCAAACAGAAUGCGAACUUUUGGAGGAUUUAAGGAGCUUUAUGAUAAAGAAAUCCGCACUGGAGAAAUCCUACUGCGAGGCUUUAUUGAAAAUCACCUCAGUGUAUUUAAAUAAGAAAAUUACUACAAAUAUUCCCGAUUUGAAGACCGAAGGAAGUGAUGAAAGAUGGAACAUGUGGAGUGUUUGGAGAACUGUUCUUGAAGAAAAUGAGAAGCUUUCCAAAGCAAGACUGGCAGCAAUAGAAGUUUACCUACAACAAAUCGCUGACGAUGCAAAAAUCUUAAGGAUACAAAAACUACAAGCUACCAAAAAGUGCGUUGAUUUGCUAGCAUCGAUUCAAAAAGAAGUUCAGGGAACAGUACAAGACGUUGAGAAAACUAAAAAAGUCUACUUCGACGAAGAACACUGCGCCCACGAUGUACGAGAUAAAGCAAAAGAUAUCGAAGCGAGAUUAAAACGAAAGAAAGGAUCAUUUUUCCAGUCGUUAUCAACGUUACAGAAAAGCAGCGCUAAGGUUUCUGCAAAACGAGAACAAAUGGAUGAUAAAUCUGUAGGUGCUCGAAAUGAUUAUUUGCUUAGUUUAGCUGCAGCUAAUGCUCAUCAGACCAGAUACUUUGUGAAUGAUUUACAAACCAUUAUGCAGACAAUGGAAAGCGGGGUGUAUGAAAAAGUACAAGAAUAUUUUACAUUACUCGGUAGAGCCGAAUUAAUAACCUGUAGUGCUCAGCAAAGCAGCUUCACCAAAGUGCGAGAUCAAUCUCAACAGCUUACCAGAGAGUACAACUUGCAAUGCCUCUAUCUCUACUACCCUGUUCUAAAACAACACAUCCAGUACGACUUCGAAGCCUGCGACAAUGACUCCAUAGACUACGUAACCCUCGGCUACGGUAACAACGCAGUCCAAUCUAUUUCGGACGAAGUUAAAGAAUGGCUGGAAAUCGUAGCUCGCGAAAAACGAAGUGUAAGAACGAACACCAGACGCAUCCAAAACCUGUGCAUUCUACGAGAACAGGGAGAAAAAGUCGAUCCAUCUGACCCGAGUGGACCCGAUAUUGAUACAAAAAUUGAAGAAUUACACGAAGCUAUUCGUAAAUCAGAAGUACUUAGAGUUAAAACUGAAGCUAAGGUGGAAUUGUUGAAGAGAUCAAAUGAAGAUAACGUCAGAGAUCUAGUCAAGAAAUUAGAAGACGAAAUAAACGCCAGUAUGGAUUUGGAGGAAGAAGAAUUCAAAAGCGAAGAAGCGCGCCAGCUUUCUGUAUCCGAAUCGGUUAGAAAAGAGCCCGAAGAGGGAACAUAUUCUUCCGAAGAAGAAACCGUAUCGUAUAAAGCGGCCGAGAAAACCGCCUCUGUCGAAGAAGACAGCGGUGGGGGUACAAGUUCAUAUACGCCGUACAAUCUUUCACGUUCCGAAGAUGUUUUCAAGCAAUUGGAAGCUAGCUGGGAUACGAAUGAUUCGACUUCGGCUGGAGAUACACCUGCGGCUACCAUUUAUAAACCGGAAGAUGAGAAUUUGCAGAAUACCUCGUACGAAGAGUUCGAAACGCCGUUCAAGUGUACCGUUCUGUAUAAUUACACGGCUCAAAAUCCAGACGAGUUAACCAUCGUAGCGAACGAAGAACUGGAAAUACUCGGCGAAGGUGACGGAGAUGGUUGGCUCAGAGCUCGUAACAGCUCAGGACGCGAAGGUUUCGUACCGUGCACAUAUCUAGAUUCAUUCACCGGCACCGAAGAAGAGCCGGUUGACCACGAAGAAGCCCUACAUGCGGAUACAGCUUCUCAUCUACCUCCCCAAAUAUCAUUCUCUUCUGUCGAUUACACCGUUGACUCGAACGAUGACGGCACCGCAGCCAUUGACAAUUACGAAGCCGACGCGUAUCUGGAUAUGGCCGUACAGCAUUUAGAUUCCGAUCAAGUGACCACGUUCGUGCCUCCGGUUGCUAGUGAAUAUCCAUCUUCCUACGAACCGCCAUCUUACGAUGAUCAUGGGGAUUACUGCGUUGCUUUGUACGAUUACGAGGGUACUGCCGAAGAUGAGCUUACGUUCGCUGAAGGGCAAAUUAUCAAAGUGCUUCGUAAAAUUGUCCACGAUGGUAUCGACGAUGGUUGGUGGGAAGGAGAAUUUGAAGGAAGAAAAGGACUGUUUCCUUCGUUGGUCGUUCAAGAAUGUAAUAGACAUGGGCAUCCGUUAAAUUACGAUGAAGAUGGCGAGAUAGUACCAGACUCAGCUCCUCCAGUUUAUACUCCUCCAGAUGUACCGGAGGAGCAUUUAAUUACCGACUCCGGUACAAGUUCCUCGGCUCAACCACCCGGUGCUUUUCCAUUCGAUCAAACUGCUGAACAAGGCAAUUCUUCGGAAAAAUUCGCCUUCGACAAGAUAUCAGACAAUCAGCACAAACUGUACAAUACUCAAUUUGAUGAUGACCAAGCUCCUCCUGAUCUACCACCUCCACCUCCUCCAGAACCUCCAGCGAUAACAGUAGCCGAUCUACCAAGAACAUCGGUACCAGAUAUAAGUAUAAAUAUAGUGUGCGACGAUGGAAGUACGCAGGAUGGAGAUAUACCUUCCGUUGACGUCCAGGAAAUCGGUGAUGACGAUCCAGAUGACAAGGACGAAGCAGCGGACGAUCCGUCGGGUGAUUUCAAUUUGGGCGUCACUCAAAUCGUAAUCACAGCUCCGACACCUAGUUCAGAUUUCGCGGAUAAAAGCUUCCCUCCUAAUCCGGCUCCUGAUGAUUCACAAAUGUCAAUUGCUGCUGUCAACUUGGAACGGCGUAAAUCGGCCGGCGAAAUUAACGAAGCCGAGCCACCCCUUUACGACGCGACGCUAAACGAUGUCGUCGAUUAUCCAACCACCAUCAUCGAAGAACCCGAAGAAGAAGAAAAAGAACAAGAGGAAAUCACUACUUCGAGAUACAAGGAAGACUGCGAAGAUAAAUCGCCAACUGCGCCUAGUUACCCACAAGUUGUACCGGAACAGUUGGAACCGCAUCAGUUGCAAAGAUUGCAGCAGUUGAAGGAAUCUAAUGCCUAGGUUUAUGGCACAAUAAGUCUAUUCGCGAACGAGAUAAUAAUGCGUUUUCAUUUUACCCCCGAUUAUAACUCUUAAUUGUAUAAUUUUUUUUAGCCAUAAUUUCGAUAACAAAAAAAAACAUUUAUAGGGUUUCUUUAUUAUACAUUAUUUAUCACCUUAUUACCUUGUGUGAAUUAUAAAUGUUAAACGAUUAUUAUUAUAUUGUUUUAAGCAUUAAUUAAUUGUUUAAUAUUUAUACAUAAUAUGUAAUAUUCUCUUUUAAUCAUCUAGUCAAAAUGUUAAUUAUGAAAUAAACAGGCCGCUUUGUUAAAGAGUACAAGUUAUUUUUUAUCGUACAGAAAAAAAUACAUACUUUAAAUAGGUACGUCAUGAUUUGUUCUGAAAAAUCAUUUAGGUAAUUAUUUUCUUUAUUAGAUUACCUAUAUCUAAAUAUUUGCAUUGCGUCGAGUUAUUCAUUAGAAUUUUUAACGGUAUAGUGUUUAAUUAGUAGCAGUAUCUGUUUACCCACCCAGUAUUUGAGUACCUUUUUAUACCUACUUCAAAACUCAAGUACCUACCUAACAUACCUACACCUUCGUAUAGAACGUUCGAUAGCUACAUCUAAUUUAGAGUAUAUCCUCAUUCCGGUAUAUUUUCUGUAUACAUAAUUCUUAAUAAUAUUUUUUUUAUUUCAUUUGUGCAUCGAGUAUUCGUACAAAAAAUAGGUACUCGAAACAUUUAAAACUUAUUUUUACAGUUUGUACAUUGAAGAAACAUAGGUACAUUGAAGUUCUACUGAUUAUUGUCAAUAGAUGAUGUUGAUAUUGUU